AUGUUUGAGUCCUCACAGAACGUGCUCCUGAAGCCGACGGAGUCCUGGCGGGAGGCCCUCCUGAACAGCAAGGUCAUGGAGCUGUUCUUUACCGUACAUCGAAAGAUCAGAGAGGAUUCUGACAUGGCCCAGGACUCGCUGCAGUGCCUCGCGCAGUUGGCGUCCCUGCACGGGCCUGUCUUCCCUGAUGAGGGCGCUCAGGUGGACUACCUCUCCCACUUCAUUGAGGGCCUGUUGGGCACCAUCAACGGGAUCGAGAUAGAAGACUCUGAGGCUGUGGGCAUCUCCAGCAUCAUCAGCAACCUGAUCACCGUGUUCCCUCGCAACGUGCUGACUGCCAUCCCCCGAGAGCUGUUCUCGUCCUUCGUCAACUGCCUCACGCACCUCACCUGCUCUUUCGGGCGCAGCGCUGCACUGGAGGAAGUGCUGGACAAAGAUGACAUGGUGUACAUGGAGGCAUACGACAGGCUGCUGGAAUCCUGGCUGACGCUGGUACAAGACGACAAGCACUUCCAUAAAGGCUUUUUCACCCAGCACGCAGUCCAGGUGUUCAAUUCCUACAUUCAGUGCCACCUCGCUGCACCCGAUGGCACAAGGAAUCUGACUGCCAACGGAGUGGCCUCUCGGGAGGAAGAAGAGAUCAGUGAACUCCAGGAGGACGACCGAGACCAGUUUUCUGAUCAGCUAGCCAGUGUAGGAAUGCUAGGACGCAUUGCUGCAGAGCACUGUAUCCCUCUCCUGACAAGUCUGUUAGAGGAGAGAGUCACGCGGCUCCACGGGCAGCUCCAGCGGCAGCAGCAGCAGCUCCUCGCCUCGCCCGCCUCAGGCUCCGCCGACAGCAAGACAUUAGACGACCUGUACGAGGACAUCCACUGGCUCAUUCUAGUUACAGGCUACCUCUUAGCUGAUGAUACUCAGGGAGAGACUCCGCUAAUACCUCCAGAAAUAAUGGAAUAUUCCAUUAAGCAUUCAUCUGAAGUUGACAUUAAUACAACACUUCAAAUUUUGGGAUCUCCAGGAGAAAAGGCUUCUUCCAUCCCAGGGUACAACAGAACAGAUUCUGUGAUUAGGCUGUUGUCUGCCAUCCUCAGAGUUUCAGAAGUUGAGUCUCGGGCAAUAAGGGCUGACCUCACACACCUGCUAAGCCCUCAGAUGGGCAAAGACAUUGUCUGGUUUCUAAAGCGUUGGGCAAAGACUUACCUCCUGGUGGAUGAGAAGCUGUACGAUCAGAUAAGUGUGCCGUUCAGCACAGCGUUUGGAGCAGACACAGAGGGCUCUCAGUGGAUUGUUGGCUACCUCUUACAGAAGGUCCUGAACAACCUCUCGGUGUGCAGCAGCGAGCAGGGCCUCGCGGACGACACAGUUCAGCUGCUUGUCACGCUGGUGGAGAGAAGGGAGAGGGCAAACUUAGUCAUUCAGUGUGAAAACUGGUGGAACUUAGCCAAGCAGUUUGCAAGCCGAAGCCCACCUCUGAACUUCUUGUCCAGCCCUGUGCAGAGGACGCUGAUGAAGGCACUUGUCUUGGGAGGGUUUGCACACAUGGACACAGAAACCAAGCAGCAGUACUGGACAGAGGUUCUUCAGCCGCUUCAGCAGCGGUUCUUGAGAGUGAUAAACCAGGAGAACUUCCCACAGACAUGCCAGCAGGAGGAGGUGAAGCAGGAGAUCACGGCCACGCUGGAGGCCCUGUGCGGCAUUGCUGAGGCCACCCAGGUGGACAAUGUGGCCAUCCUUUUUAACUUUCUUAUGGACUUCCUUACCAAUUGCAUUGGGUUGAUGGAAGUUUACAAAAACACGCCAGAGACAGUCAACCUCAUUAUAGAAGUUUUUGUUGAAGUUGCACAUAAGCAGAUAUGCUAUCUUGGAGAGUCCAAAGCCAUGAACUUGUAUGAAGCCUGCCUCACUCUGCUGCAAGUGUAUUCAAAGAAUAACUUGGGGCGGCAGAGAAUCGAUGUCACAGCUGAGGAGGAGCAGUACCAGGACCUUCUGCUCAUCAUGGAGCUUCUGACCAACCUUCUGUCCAAAGAGUUCAUAGAUUUCAGCGACACAGAUGAAGUGUUCAGAGGUCAGGAGCCUGGGCCGGCAGCGAGCAGAUCUGUGUCGGCGGCGGAUGUUGUGUUAUAUGGAGUGAACCUGAUCCUGCCUUUGAUGUCACAGGACCUCUUGAAGUUUCCAACUCUGUGUAAUCAAUACUACAAAUUAAUCACAUUUAUCUGUGAGAUUUUUCCUGAGAAAAUACCACAGCUUCCUGAAGAUCUUUUUAAAAGUCUGAUGUACUCCCUGGAACUAGGAAUGACAUCAUAUCCUUUAAAUGUAAUGAGUUCGGAGGUUUGCCAGCUGUGCCUGGAAGCUUUGACUCCAUUAGCUGAGCAGUGUGCAAAAGCCCAGGAGACGGAUGCGCCCCUCUUCCUGGCCACGCGGCACUUCCUCAAGCUGGUGUUUGAUAUGCUGGUUUUGCAGAAGCACAGCACGGAGAUGACCACUGCGGCCGGUGAGGCCUUCUACACGCUGGUGUGCCUGCAUCAGGCAGAGUACUCUGAACUGGUGGAAACACUGCUGUCGAGUCAGCAAGACCCAGUCAUUUACCAGAGGCUAGCUGAUGCCUUCAACAAGUUGACUGCAAGCAGCACGCCCCCUGCCCUGGACCGGAAGCAGAAGAUGGCCUUUCUGAAGAGUUUAGAAGAGUUUAUGGCAAAUGUUGGUGGUCUCCUUUGUGUAAAAUAA